AUGAGUUCCGCUACAUUAAACGGUGUAGGCUCUACCCUCAAGAUGUCCUCUUCAAAAGUUAUCGAUUUGGUGUCCGAUGAGGAGAAUUCAGAAAUUGAUGAUGCAGCGCUCCACGGUGUCGUUCGUGAUAGUUCACGUGGCCUACCACAACACCACCAAAAUGCAGCGUCGGAGGAUCUCGAAGCGGCUUUAGAUGCCAAUGAAAACAGUGUAGGAGACGAAUUCGAAGAAGAGGAAGAAGACGACGAUGAUGGUGAAGAUGAUGAUGAUUCUAUUGACAGUAGCCUUAUGGAAGAUACUGUAGAAGCUUUAACUAAUGAUGAUAUUCUUGAUAAUCAUUCUGAUCCUGAGCGAUGUACUCGUAAGGAAAGUGAGCAUUAUCGUAACUUGCUUCGAAAACUCGGACCCCGAGAAUUCUGUGCAGUUACUGUGGAAGCGGACGCUAUUACCGCUAAAAAGCUCUUGACUGCGUUUGGUGUCCUCCCACCAAUGCACCUUGAAGGUCUACCCGAUGAAGAAUACUAUCAGUUUCUAAGUUUCGCUAUACGCCGCGAGUUACAGAAACGUAUAAAGAUUCCGACAUAUAACACUGUCGACGAUGCUAUAGACCUCAUUAGACAUGCCAAGAAAAUCAUUGUCAUCACCGGCGCUGGUAUUUCCACUUCUCUUGGCAUACCCGAUUUCAGAUCUGCAAAUGGGCUGUACGCACAGUUUGGACACUUGAAUCUCGACGAUCCUCAGGAGAUUUUCAACAUUAAUAAGUUCAAAGAAGAUCCGUCAAUUUUUUUUGGUGUUGCAAAGGCCAUUCUGCCAGAAAUCGUUCGAUACUCCCCAACCCAUCAAUUUAUUGCACUUCUACAAAGAAAAGGCAAAUUACUCACCAACUACACACAAAAUAUUGACAACAUUGAAGACCUUGCGGGAAUAAUUCCAGAAAAAGUUAUUCACUGCCAUGGAUCGUUCGCGACCGCCACAUGCCAAGUUUGCGGACACCAGGUAGAAGGCGAGAAAAUUUUUGACGAGAUCAAAGCCGGGAAAAUUCCACGAUGCAAAAGGGCGAAUUGUCCACCUAGUUCUCAAUCAACUCGCAAGCGUAAGAGAAUUUCGGUGGGUGGCAAGAAGAAGAAAAACGGACAAUAUAGUGACGACAACGAAAGCGAUGAUAUUCCCGAACCUGGCAUCAUGAAACCGGACAUCACCUUCUUCGGCGAAAAUCUUCCCGAUGUCUUCUCGGAUAGACUCAGCAAACAUGAUAGAGAUCAAGUCGAUCUCGUCAUCACAAUCGGUACAUCCCUGAAAGUCGCGCCAGUCAGUGAAGUAGUUCCAUAUCUUCCUAGCCACGUCCCACAGAUUCAAAUCAAUCGGGAUCCCAUCGGUCACCUCGCUUUCGACAUCGAUCUCGUCGGCGAAUGCGACGUCGUCGUCUCGAAAAUUUGCAAGGAACUCGGUUGGGAGCUCAAACACUCGAUGAUUCCCAAGGAUCAAGAAAUUGAAAUCAAGACGUCCCCCAAUUAUCCCCAUCGUCAUGAUUUCAAACAAACCCACCCCAAACCAGAACCGGCACCGGCAUCAACACCUACCUCGUCUAAGACUUGA